GCUUUGAUCUUGGUGUAUUAGCAUUUGAAUUUGAUACCCUGGGGUUUAUUUUUAAAAACAAAUGUAAUCAAUAAUUUAUGAGUUGAGUGAUUACCCCAUGGUUAAUAAAGAUUGACUGCAUUGUGAAGCUGUAGUCUACUGGGAAACUUCUAUAUUUCUCACCGAGUCAACAGAUUGUCAAUAUUCAAAACAUCGGAACACUAACGUUUCGGAGGUCCGACUAAGUGUGCAUUAAUGAGUGUGCUGGAAUGGACACAGGAGAAACUUGAUGAUUUGGAGAGUUUUGCCCAGAAUUUGUUUCAGGAUAUGGGGAAUAUAUUAGAUCUCAGUCUCUUGAAAGAAGACUGUAUCAAUAAGCAGGUGGACAAUGUGAAGAUGGUGGAGAGGUUUCGGACCCGGAAUCCUGCGGUGGGGACGCUGUACCUGACCACCACUCAUCUAAUCUUUGUGGACAGUGCUGGGAAGAGGGAGACCUGGAUCCUGCAUACCCACAUGUACAGUAUAGAGAAGCAGCCCCUGAAUGCCGGGGGAUCCCCCCUACAGAUCCGCUGCAAGGAUUUCCGUUGUAUCACGUUUGUGAUUCCUCGAGACAGAGACUGCCAAGACAUUUUUACCUCUUUACAGGAACUCUCCAAACCAGCUGACUUGGAGAAGCUCUAUGCGUUUGUUUAUUCUGCGGCAGACGAGAUAGAGAAGUCAUACGGCUGGGACCUGUACGAUGCCCAGUCUGAGUAUCUGAGGAUGGGUGUCCCAAACCAGUACUGGUCACUAUCUAACCUCAACAAAAAUUAUGAGCUUUGUGAUACAUAUCCCAGACACCUGUUUGUUCCUGCAUCGGCCUCAACACCAAUUAUCCUCGGCAGUUCUAAAUUCCGCAGUCGUGGACGCCUUCCUGUUUUAUCUUACUUUCACAGUAAAACCCAGGCGGCCAUUUGUCGAUGCAGCCAGCCUCUCUCUGGAUUUCGGGCCCGCUGUCUGGAAGAUGAACAAUUACUACACUGCAUUUUAAAAUCCAACCCCAACCCUAAAUCAGAAUUCAUGUAUGUUGUUGACACAAGGCCAAAGAUAAAUGCCAUGGCUAACAAGGCGGCAGGGAAAGGUUACGAGAAUGACAACCACUAUACGGACAUCAAGUUCCAGUUCUGUGGCAUCGAAAACAUCCACGUAAUGAGGGGAAGUCUACAAAAACUACUGGACGUGUGUGAGAUGAAGAACCCUUCGAUGUCAGCAUUUCUUCAAGGACUGGAGACCAGCAACUGGCUCAAACACAUCAAAUCUGUUCUGGACACCUCAGUGUUCAUAGCAGAGGCAGUGAAGAAUGGCCAGAGUGUUCUGGUUCACUGUUCUGAUGGCUGGGACAGAACAGCUCAGACCUGCUCCUUGUCCAGUCUGAUGCUCGACCCCUACUACAGGACUGCUCAGGGCUUUCAGGCCCUGAUAGAGAAGGAAUGGUUGUCAUUCGGCCAUAAGUUCACAGACCGCUGUGGUUUCCUAGAGACCCCUGACAAUAAGGAGGUGUCGCCGGUGUUCACACAGUUUGUGGAGGCCGUGUGGCAGCUGAUGCAGCAGUACCCGUGUGCGUUCCAGUUCAACGAACGAUUUCUUCUGACUAUCCAUGACCAUGUAUACUCAUGUCAGUUUGGAACAUUUAUAGGGAACUGUGAAAAAGACAGGCUGGAUCUUAGAUUGAAUGAAAGAACCUAUUCCUUGUGGGGCCAUAUUAAGAAACACAUGUCAGAAUUCCUGAAUCCUCUCUACAAGAAAGAGUAUGAGGUGACCCAUCCCACACUAUCACCUAACACCAGCUCUCAGAACCUCAGAUUUUGGAAGGGUAUGUACCACAGAUACGAUGUAGGCCUCCAUCCCAGGGAACAGAUUGCAGACAUCCUGAGUGCUGCCAAGGAUCACACAGACUCACUGGAGGACCACAUCAGUCUUCUAGAGAAGAGAGUGACACAGAUCUGUCAAUUGUUGGGGAAAUCUGAGGAUGUGAUACAGAAAAAACUGAAUGGUGGAUUAUCCAUGGAGUCUCUUGAUAAUCUCAAGGAAUCCGUGGAGAAUUCCGUUACAGAGAAAUCCGAGAAAAUUACGGUCAAUGGAGAAUGUGAUACCAGACUUGAACAAAACACCAAAUCAAAAGACAUUAAUGAUCUCAUUGACCUAAAAAGUGAUAAUGAGUCCGGGUUUGAUGAAUCCAGCUCACAACUGUCCAGAUCUGGUCACGGUGACCUAAAUACCCAAAGGACAGGUAUAGAAGCUGGUUCCCUUGACUCCAGUAUGUGCUCGGUGGGGAGGGACCAGCUAAGCUUGGACUUGCUUUUGUUUGAGAUGAACAGCGUGGCCAUUGAUUGGAAAUCAUUUCGCAAUAUUCACAACUGUAGCUGUGCAUCUCCAUUUAAUAGUUUUACUAAAAAGUUCCAUUGCUGGAAAUGUGGUGAAGUAUUCUGUAUGCGAUGUAUUGCCAAAAAUAUUCCACUUCCUGGUCACAUGUCUCGUCGGCCAGUUCCCGUUUGUCGACCGUGCUACAAGGAAAUACGACACUCUCCUUCCAUGGAAUUCCCAGCCAGUCAAAUCACCAGUUGAUGUCUGUAGAAGACCAGACGUUUAGAGUGCAAUGUUAUUUAUUUUGUAGCUCUUCGCUUUGUGUGUGUGUGUGUGUGUGUGUGUGAGAGAGAGAGAGGGAGCAGUAUUAUUUAUCAUGAUGUAUCACUCAGGUUACUUGUGAAUAUGAAGCAUGACCAAUCUAUAAAGAAGACAUAAAGCUAUAGAGUAGGAUGAAAUUAACAAUUUAAAAAAAAAAACAUACCCCCAUUUUGGAAACAUUUGUAGCAUAUAGUAUAAGUCUCCACAACUGAAUGUGAUAGCUUUUUUAAGUAUUUAAUGAAAUAAUUGUAUCAUUGAUUACGUAUUUAGUGAAAUAAUUGUAUCAUUGAUUACGUAUUUAGUGAAAUAAUUGUAUCAUUGAUUACGUAUUUAGUGAAAUAAUUGUAUCAUUGAUUAUGCAUUAAGUGAAAUAAUUGUAUCAUUGAUUACAAGGACUGAGAAUGCCUUUAUAUAUGUUGUAAUGUUUAACCUUUAAAUUAGAUAAUGACAUUGUCUGUUAAGUGGAUCAUUUUCAAAUCUAGACAUUUGGCUAGAUUAAGAUAACUUUAAAUCUACAGAACCAAAAUGUUGAAUAGGAUUUCAGAGCAAACCAAUAUUAAACAAGCUUGUACUAUAAAACAGGGUUAAAAUGAUUAUAACAUUUAUAUUUCAUCUUUAUUUUAAGGAUCACAAAAUUAAAAAAAAUUAAGUGGAAUGUGGAGCAUUGAUAAAAGGAAGCAUUGUUUUGGAUUAUUGAAGAUUCUGUCUUAUUUUAUGGACUUUCUAAGAUGAGUUGAUUGACAGACAGAAAAGUUUGGAAGGACAGACUUAACAGACAAAUGUUUUGAUGGACAGAAUUUGCUCAAUGUAUAUUUUCUAAUGACUUCAUAACCUCACCUACAUUGCUGUGAUUCUAAUGUUAUCUAUCAACCAAGUAUUUGGCAGAAGCACUGUUGUAGGACAGAAGCGGAUACUCUAAACCAACAUUUAUUCACCUGCAAUAAAUAUCCACAAGAUUUGUGACUUUCUUUUAUUUGUGAAUAUUUUUCAUUGCAAACCAUUCAAUUAUUGUGAACUUAUAUAGCGUGUUUCCUCAUUAGCAAAAAUAAAUUAUUGCAGAUGGCUUUCAAACUGAUGAAUUGCAAAUAAAAGAUGUUGCAAAUAAUAUUAGUUGUUUACAGUACUGCACAAUGUCUAACAAUCUAUAACAAUGAAUUAUUGUUGGAGUAUGGAAAAAGUGUGACCAUUUGUGUGAAGCCAUGUAUAUUGGGUUACCUCCUCACUGUUAUUUGUUUGUUACGAUUCCGAGGAGAUGCUUUAUAGUAAAGAUAUCUGAUGACCAUUUGUGUGAAGACUGUUGGUUAUUUGUUUGUUACAAUUCCGAGGAGAUGCUUUAUAGUAAAGAUAUCUGAUGACCAUUUGUGUGAAGACUUGGUUAUUUGUUUGUUACGAUUCCGAGGAGAUGCUUUAUAGUAAAGAUAUCUGAAAUAUA